AAAACAGUUUCUAAAAUGAAAAAGAAAAAGAAAAACGGUGGGAGUGUCAUAUAUUACGUGACUAUAAAUUGGAACUAGAAAGCAGAACACGUUUCAUUGCCUCCACUCUUUUUUCUUCUUUAUUUUCAAAACUAAGACAAUAGUACACAAAAGAAGAUGAAGCCAGAGGAGACAUUCGAGCAAGAAAGGGAAGAUCUGUAUCAGACAGAUGAAGAAGACGAAGAAAGCCAAGCCGGGAGCUCUGUUCCGUCAACUCCGUUAUCUCGUAAUGGAUCCAACAACGAUCCCGUUUCGUGGCCUAGAAGUUACCGACAAUCGAUGGAUAUGUUGACCGGAGUUACACCUCCGAUGAGGACAAGUUUUGUCUCUUCAUUUCACAGGAGGCGACAAAGCUCUGUUUCCGGUUCAUUUACUUCUUCCACAAGCAAACAGCAACUUCUCAUCGACAAAGACAAAGAUGAGAUCCAAAACAAUGUUGUCACAUCCAUCAAAUCAUUUCUUGCUUCUCAUCUCAAUCUAUCAGUCCCGGAGGAUCUUUCGUUUCCCCAAGAAACCCGCAGCUGCACGUUCUCUCAAUCCGUACUCAACGGAAUCAAUGUUCUAUGUGGAGUAGCUUUACUUACAAUGCCUUAUGCAGUGAAAGAAGGAGGAUGGUUGGGGCUUUUCAUACUCUUCUCCUUUGGCGUCAUAACUUUCUACACAGGUAUUCUCCUUAAGAGAUGUCUCGAGAAUUCACCUGGAAUCCACACUUACCCGGACAUUGGUCAAGCUGCAUUUGGCACCACAGGACGCAUCCUUGUCUCUAUACUUCUUUACGUGGAGUUAUAUGCAUCUUGUGUGGAGUAUAUAAUAAUGAUGAGUGAUAAUUUGUCUGGGAUGUUCCCAAACACAUCCUUAUAUAUCAGUGGACUAUCUCUAGAUUCUAAACAAGUUUUCGCCAUUACCACUACUCUAAUUGUUCUGCCCACUGUCUGGCUCAGAGACCUUAGCUUAUUGUCCUAUCUCUCAGCCGGAGGUGUCUUCUCUUCAAUCUUGCUUGCACUCUGCCUCUUUUGGGCUGGCUCUGUCGGUGGAGUUGGAUUUCACCUGACCGGAAAAGCUCUCGAUAUAGCAAACUUACCCGUUGCAAUCGGAAUUUAUGGGUUCGGUUUUGGAAGUCAUUCUGUUUUCCCCAACAUUUACUCAUCCAUGAAAGAGCCUUCCAAGUUUCCUCUUGUGCUUCUCAUCAGUUUUGCGUUUUGCACCUUAUUUUACAUCGCUGUAGCGGUUUGUGGAUACACGAUGUUUGGUGACGCGAUUCAAUCCCAGUUCACACUGAACAUACCUCAACAUUUCACUUCAUCUAAAAUAGCAGCCUGGACAGCGGUCGUUACACCAAUGACGAAAUACGCUUUAACCAUCACUCCAGUCGUGCUAAGCCUUGAAGAACUCAUACCGUCUUCGUCAAGAAAGAUGAGAUCCAAAGGUGUCUCUAUGCUUUUUAGAUCCGUCUUAGUUCUCUCCACUUUGGUCGUUGCACUCACAGUUCCAUUCUUCGCUACUGUCGCGGCUCUGAUCGGAUCUUUCAUCGCAAUGCUUAUAGCGUUAAUAUUCCCGUGUCUAUGCUAUAUGAGCAUUAUGAAGGGUAGAUUAAGUAACUCUCAAAUGGGAAUUUGUAUUUUCAUCGUCAUUAUCGGCGUUGUGAGCGGUUGCUGUGGGACUUACUCUGCAAUCGCUAGAUUAAUUGGCGAAAUGGCCUAAACGGUUUUACUCUUUCUCGAGAAACUUCAUCAAAGAAAAGCAAGGAAUACAGGAUGUGAUACCCUUCAAUAGAAUAAAACCAAUUUUUUGCCAACUUUUAAAGAUUUCUUUUGCGAUUUUAUUUUAUUAUUAUAAUUUAAGUACUCUACGAUCGAGUGCUAUAUAUAUAUAUAUAUAUGAUAUAAUCAUACAUGACGUUCAGUUUUUGCUUAUAUUAAUAUCAGUUUGUGUCA